AUGACUGCCACUGACAAGAAUGGUUCUUUCGCGACUGACUCCAGUCAUUCGGGAGCUUCUGAUCCCCGGGUCACUCUUUUGCCUCAAGGCAAUCAUCUACUGAGUCUAAUGACCAUACUUCGAGAUUCGAACACAGACGUCGCCAAUUUUGCAGAAGUGACGGAAAGAGUUGGUGAUCAACUCAUCAGUGCAGGUGUGUAUCUUGACGUUGUUACUUCAGAGACGGACACUCGAUUUACUUCCGUCCGAGGUCACGAAAGUUCCGUCUUGAUUCUUGAACCAAUGCUAGCUACCGGGGGCUCAGCAUGUGUGGCUAUCGACACAAUUAAAGCGAACGGCGUCGCCGAAGAGAAUAUUGUCUUUGUUAACAUAUUGGCUUCGCAGCGUGGAAUCAGGAUAUUGCUGGAUCGAUUUCCUUCCAUUCGACUGGUUACUGCGGCCAUAGAUAACGAGCUUACACCAUCGAAUCAUAUCAGUCCGGGACUAGGCGAUUUCGGUGAUCGAUUUUAUGGAACUCAUUAA